AUGGCACUGCGCCAUCCCCCGUCCACUAUGCGUGCUGUUGAGCCGAUAGAGGGCAGUAUGUAUGUCAGAGGUUUUACCCACCAGAUGCGACAGUUUGGUGUUCAGAGGAUGAAGAUUUGUGUGGCAACUAUGCUUUCAAUCGCCUUCAUUCUGGGUAAAUCUGUCAAGCUCCGAGCUUCAGUUACUAGGCAGGUUCCUUCGGGCGGUGAUGGUCAGCAAGGUCAAAAAGGUGAGAUUGGUCAGAUUGGACCUAUGGGUGAGCAGGGAGCACCUGGGAAGCAUGGGCCUAAAGGUGACGACGGGAUGGGUCUGCCCGGCAAGAAAGGUCCGAGAGGGCCACCAGGUUUAGAUGGAGCAACCGGGGAAACCGGUGUCAAAGGUCAAAAGGGUGAGCCAGACACCCGUUUGCCCUUCCAGGAGACCGAGACGCUUAUGCCGGGUACCAUCUUCGAUCUCGAUACCGGUACAUUCACUUGUAAUGCGCCGGGCACCUACGCAUUUACGUUUUCUGUUCUUAAGUUUAUCAGCAGCGAUAACCUGUAUGUACAUCUUGUUAAAAACAACUACAGGGUAAUUACUACCCAUGAAGCAUCAAGUCAACAUGGUCAGGUGUCUGCUAGCGUGGUGCUGGCUCUGCAGAAUGGAGACACGGUGUAUCUAACUAUAUACGGUAGGGUCCAUGGUACUUCCACAGAACAUUUCUCCUCAUUCAGUGGCGUCCUCCUUUGGCCCGAGUAAACAAAAUUAAUCAGGCGAAUAUACACGUGAAGACGUUUGCCAAAUUUUCAAUCGCUUCUCCGUUUACCCGAAACAGUGUAAAAUUUAAAAUAUUUCGUUAUCAAAAAGUUACUUGGAACUGUUGUUCGCGCGUUUAGUACGGCAUUGUAUUCACGAAUGGUUCUGCGUGCUAAAUUGUAGCACUGUGUAUAAGCAUCAUUUAAAAAGAAUCUAAUAACAUACUUACUUAAUGUUCUGAAAUCGUUAUCAUGUUUGGAACUUUAGUACAUACACCUAAUAAUGUAGAAAUAGACGAAACGCCAUUUAAUUUAAAAACCUGUGAAUUGUCAUUUUUUGUUGACUAUGACAAAUGAUUACAUUGACCGUCAAACACACAGCAAUUCAGAGAUACUUUUUUGAAUGCAUAUACAUUCAGAUCAUAGUAUUUCUUACAUUAAAAUGAUUGUAAACUAGACUAGUCGGCCGACGAGUAGUUUAGAAAAGGUCAAAUUGGAACUAAAUAUAAUAACUGCAAUGUCGAUACGUCAUCCACAUAUUCACACAAACGUAUCGGUUGCGCUUUUGUUAAGAUGCGCUGAAAGUGCCCGGAUCGGUGCGGAUUGGUGCGGAUUGCAUUCGUUGUAUAAAUUAGGUUUCUGAUUAUUUGUUCUUGGUUCAUGCCCUCGGAAGCAUGUCCACAGACACCGGUUUAACCCUGAUUUCCAAAUACAUUUCUCACAUCCAACUUCAAUUAAUUAAAAACAAAGUGUAUUUAUGGAUUAA